AUGAAUUUGAAAAUAAAGCUACAAAAGAGGAGGGGCGAAGUGAAUACAAGCCUGUGCAUCGGGCUGGACCCGGAUGAAGCUGACAUAAAGUUCUUCAUGCAGAGUGAGAAGCAAAAUGGCUACCACAGUGUCAAAAAAAACCUAAGCAAUGAUGGUAGUAGUAGCCAGGGUGGACUGUUCACCCCACAAGUGGGGGGACGAAUUCUACUCGCAGAGACGCCGCCAAAGGAGGCACAAGAAAGGGACGAAUUUUUUUACUUCUUCAAUCACUUCUGCUUUUACAUAAUCAAUGAGACGAAGCAAUACGCCCUGGCAUACAAAAUGAAUUUCGCCUUUUACCUCCCAUAUGGUUCCCUCGGAAUAGACGUCUUAAAGAACGUAUUCGAUUAUUUGCACCACCUUAACAUUCCAACCAUCCUUGACAUAAAAAUGAAUGACAUUGGCAACACAGUGAAGCAUUACAGGAAAUUCAUAUUUCACUACUUGAGGAGCGAUUCGUGUACAGCUAACAUUUACAUGGGUACCCACAUGCUACGAGACAUCUGCCUUGACGAAGAAUCCAAACGACAUUAUAGCACCUUCGUACUAAUUAAAACGACCAACGAAGAUUCGCACAUAUUUCAAAAUAGACUUUCCUUCGAUGGUAAAGAAGCGUAUGUAGUAAUUGCAGAAGAGGCACAGAAAAUGGCCAAGCAGUUACAUUUGGAAGAAAAUAAUGAAUUUGUUGGCUUCGUUGUGGGCGCGAACUGCUAUGAUGAAAUAAAAAAAAUAAGAGAGCUUUUCCCUGACUGCUACAUCUUAGCACCAGGGGUAGGUGCCCAGAAUGGCGACUUGCGAAAAAUGUUAUGUAAUGGUUACUCCAGAAAUUAUGAGAGACUGCUCAUCAACGUUGGGCGCGCCAUAACGAAAAGCGGUAAUCCGCAGCAGGCGGCCCGGGAGUACCAUCAUCAGAUUAAGGAGGUCCUCGCGGAGCUCCAGGACUGA